AUGGAUGGCAUGACCCCCGUGGAUCGUUUCCAGGAUAUAGUGGGAGUUGGCUCGCCAGAUGCAGAACAGUUUAAAGACAAGUCAUCGCCUGGCACUAGCAUGAGUGUUUGGGGCAGUUUCGUUAUGAAUUUCGGAACCGAUAUCACAACCAACGAGGUAACUGCUGAUGUCUCUCCUAAAUUAGAAUUGAGUCACGUGACACUUGAUGACGCAGGAGAAUACACUUGUUUUGGAAGUAACUUGCUGGGUACCGCAAACCGGACUGCUCUGAUGAUCGUAAAAGCGCCUCCUCGAAUUCAUCUCGCCCCAGGCCCAACUUACGCCAAGAAAGGUUCAAAUGCCACUCUUCCAAAAUGUCACGUGACCGGUUUUCCGGUACCAAUUGUCACUUGGCGCAAGAUUCCAGGCUCCCUUGCAAUAGACAGGACUGUGCAGGACGGGGGCUUACUGACAGUGGGCCUCACAGCAAAACACGAUAUUGGGUCCUACGGGUGCCACGCGAAGAAUUACUUAGGAGAGUCAUCAGCAGUUACCUCGUUGGUUGUAAUAUCGGUUCCGAAAUUCAUCACAAAACCGCCCCAAUUAGUCAUAAAAUUACCAGGUGAUGACUUGUCUUUAAACUGUUCUGCAUCUGGCGAGCCAACUCCUGCUAUAUCCUGGAAACGAUCCAAGGGGGCCUGGAAUGACGAACGAAUGAAAGUACAGAGAGGAACUUUACAGAUUUCUAGACUUGAUGAAGCUGAUUCUCGAAUUUACAUCUGUGAAGCAAAAGUGUCCUACUACACUAUAGGAGCGCGGUCUCAUCUAAUAGUAGCCAGUAAGUAUCUAGGACUGUUCCAGGUAUUCGGUUAGAGCCUGUUUACAAGGAGACAGGGUUACCCCAACAAGCGGGUUACCAUAAAACGCAUUCCACACAUUUCCUAUUUUUUUUCCACGUUGUGUUUACAAGGCAGCAAGGGUUACCCGGGUAGGCGGAUUACCCUAUCUGCGUGCUAGGGUUACCCUGGAAGGCGGAUUAACUUUUUCCUUUGUAAAGACUCCAGGUAGGGUUAACCCGCCUACCCGGGUUAACUUUCUAAUUGUUUCCAGACCCUUUGAGUGUA